AUGUCUGAACAGUACUCACCGGGAGAAGCCACACUUGCUGCUGAGGCCACAGAUUAUUACAGCCGCUCUCAGCUUGGGUCGUGCUUUAGUCAUAUGAAAAAGCUGCAUUCAAUGAGACCUGCCGACCCCAAGGUUCUGGCAAACAUGGCUCUCAUUGAAUUUAUCCACCAGAACAAUAUGACUUGUUCAGAUGAAUACCUAUCACAACUUCGAAAGGCUGCUAUCCUUGCUUGUUCGCCCAUUUUUGUGACCGGUGACUCUGACAUCCAUGCUGCUCUGAGGCCUGUUAGUCCCACAGCUGAACAGUCCAUCAUCUCUAUACACUACAAUUAUGCUCUUGUUCUGUUCUAUCAAAGGCAGUAUGUGCGGUCAGAACGCAUGAUUGCUGGUCUACUCGGCAUAGCAACGGCAGACGCCUCCCCCGCUUCUAUUGAAUUUCCCUUGGCAUACUGGCUACAACAGCUGAAUUCAAGCGGUGAAGGUGUCGGGAAUCCGGUGAAGGUAGAAGUGAUAGAAAUGCUUAGAGAGAUUGCUCGUCCGUUGCGCGUUUUUCGUCUCCGGGCCUGCCUACUAACUGGACGGAUCAGGAUUGCUCAGGAAGAGGCUAGUCAGCUCUCCCAGUCAAGCAAUACUUCUGAUGACAAAAGCUGGGACACUUCUAAAAGUCUUGAGUAUGCUCGUGCUCAGCUCUCGUAUUUGCAACAAGAUCACACCAAGACCGUCAAGCGUCUGAACACACUCCUUCCUUCUGAAUCCACCUCAUCGCCAACCUCUGUUGAAUGGGAAUCCUCUCUGGUGUGGAACAAUCUCUCCCUCACCUACUUUCGCGCCGGCCACCUCGGCCUGGCAAUGCUGGAGGCGCGCGCUGCUCUUCGACGUACCAAAAGCCUGGCAGACGAAGCUACUACGUCAGCGACCGAGGUCAGGCGAUUGGUCAACCGCACGCCCCUGCACCAGUUGAGUGCGAGUCGGCACUACGAGUUGCUUUACAACACGGGUGUCCAACUCCUCCUUGGGCAGAAACAUCCCGAGACUGCUUUCAAUGCUCUCCUCACUGUGGUCAAAGCGUAUCCGCGCAAUCCACGUCUUUGGCUUCGUCUUGCUGAGUGCUGUGUCAAGGUGCAUAGACCUGAUAACCUCAAUGAUUGGAGCGCGGAGUCUCGAGCGUCUUGUCUGCUACGCGCGGUGGGCGAAGGUGCCGCUCGGAAACUGAUUAUUGGGGCUGAUGUGGGACCCCCGAAAUCAUCGUCAACUGGGUCGACAUCAACGUCGGAGGCGAAUCUGAGUCUGGAAUUCGCUGUGCAGUGCCUUCGCAACGCCGCUUUCUUACUCCCUCGGCCACCGAUAGAUUUGGAUACCUCCACCAGUCCCCCCGACCAACUGCCUGUUGAUCGACUGCGCUCUGCUCUCCUCAAGUGGGCUGCUGAGCAGGCAAGACCCACUUUCCUCUGCUUUCGUGCUUAA